GUCAGCGCACCACGUAUAAGGAGGCGUACGCAGCGGCGGGGAGUUUCAAAUCUUUGUCUUCGUUCUCACUGUCGGCCUCACCUGCCUUGUUACUUUACGCGAAGUACUUGCCCCGGCACAGCUUUCUACCACUAUCAUCAAAACCUCUUUCGAGCAAACUUCCCACCCAAAUUUCAAAAUGCCGUUCCUCGACGUCGCAAUCCUGCCGCUUCGCGCAGUGCAGGCCGUCUUCUCCAUCAUCGUGCUCGGCCUGACCGCAUACAUAAUCGAUGCCUACCGUGGCCCGGGCAGCUAUGACUCCUGGACGCCUGACUCAGUUGACUUUAUGCUCUUUACCUCUAUUUGGACACUCCUUGCCGUCGCCUACCUGACCCUUGCGCCCAGCCGCUUCCCGGCCGCCGCGCACAAGUUCGCCAUUAUCGGUGUCGAGGCCGUCACCAUGAUCUUCUGGUUCGCGGCAUGGGUUGCGGUUGCUUCCUGGUGGGGUAACGUGUGGCACGGUGCAGGACAUCACCCGGUGUGGUCGUCGGGCGUGGCGGCGAUUAUAUUCAGCGCGUUCAUCUGGCUUGCGUUUGUGAUUACCACAGUCGUUGCGGCGCUGCAUGUACGCAGGACGUCGCGGAAUGACACUGCGCCGCCGCCGCAGAUGCAGGGCGUCUAAACUACUCCAAACCAUCUUAUCUCACCCAUCGAAUGAGACGAGAGGAACGGUCGGAAAUGUCUUCACCUAGCGACGCAAGUGUUAUUUUCAGUCUGCGUCAUCCUCUUGUACGAUCUCGGCGCCGAAAUUGAUGGCUUGAUAGCGCGGAGUUUUGUCGGUUUUUCUUCUUCACAUUAUACCCAUUAAAAGGUUGUUGUCUCGUAUUGUACACCGGAACUUUAAUGAUAAUGACGAGUUACUUGCAUGCGAAUAUGGCGCUAUGACAAUUGCUCACGAUUUGACGUUCAAAUUUCUUUAUGAAGGUGGAUCAACGAUGGCGUGUGCACGCUGCGUUGGGCAUCGUAUUGGCGUUGUGGGAACGGAAUUCGAUAAACUACACUAGUCCACUCAUCGCGGCGCCUAAGCCAACCUACUGUGUACACAGCCCUAAUGCCGACGUCAACGGUGCUGCGGCUGCACGUACGACGCGACGCGUCGCCAACUCUCUACCAGCCUC